UGAAGGGGAUAAACGGAGUUAGUUUUGGAUGGGGGACAACCGGGGGAAGAGCAGGAGUCCGUGAGAGAGUCAACGGCCAGUAACGACCUGCAGCUGGACCGAACCACAGCGAAUCACGGGCAGCGCAGUAUUGAAUAUAAUGCGGUGGGAAUUAUGCAAGGGAAUUUCUGGUGAAAGUGUUCAGAGCCGAUUGGAAACAGUCUUCUCACCGUCCCUGGCCAGAGGACACACAUUUUUUUUCGGAGGAAGCGCGUUUUGGCACAACACUGGCAGAGAAAGACACUGUGCGUCUUUGUGCGCAGCGGCGCGGCUGCUCCUCUGCGGUUUGGACUGUUGAUCCCCGGGGGGACGCGGACAAACAGCCCGGUCUGAGGAAAUUCCUCCGUCUCUAGUUUCUCGGCCCCUUUCUGUACAGGGGGUCCUAUGACCAAAACAAGCAACACACUACAGAGGAGGUUGUAAGUAAUCAAGACAAGUUGGGACACCUGUAAGAUUUGGUAGCACCAGCUUUCAAGAUGUCCUCCCUGCUCCUUCACACCCUCUGCAUCCUGCUGCUCCUCUGCAUCCCUACAGUUAACACAGCAAAAUGUCCUCAGCAGUGUGUCUGUGACCAGAUCCAGCUCACCGUGACCUGCGUCAACAAGAACCUGACCCAAGUUCCUCCUACUGUUGAUGAGAUCACAGUGAAAUUAGAUCUUCGAGGUAACGACAUCCAGGAGCUUCCCACUGGGGCUUUCAAACACACUCCCUACCUCACCCACCUGUCGCUGCAGCGCUGUAACAUCCGCAGGGUGAAGGAGGGCGCUUUCCGCGGCCUCGGUCGUCUGGUCUUCCUCAACCUGGCCAACAACAACAUUGACAUCCUCUACCAGGAGUCGUUCGAUGGUCUGUCCUCGCUGAAGCAGCUCAUGAUCGACCGUAACCGUGUGGAGGAGAUCCAGCCUGGAGCUUUCUCUCAGCUGGGCUUCCUCAACCUGCUCUCCAUCACACACAACCAGCUCGUAUACAUCCCCAACAUGGCCUUCCAGGGCUUGCAGAACAUCAAGUGGCUUCGUCUCAGUCACAACUCUCUGAACUAUUUGGACAUUGAGGCCUUUGCUGGUCUCUUUACGCUCACCCGACUCAGUCUGGACCACAACGAGCUGCAGUUCUUCCCCACUGAGACCAUGACCAGACUGCCAGAAGUGACUCGUCUUGAUCUGGGCUACAACCCCAUGACGUACCUGGGAGAGGAUGCGGUGUCCAUGGCCAAGUUGACCCACCUCUUCAUGGACCACAUGUCCCUGCAGGACCUGGCCAACACAGCUGUAUCUAAAUCCCCCAACCUCGUCCACCUGGACAUCAGCCACAACCAGCUGCGUGUCAUCCAGCCUUUUUCUGAAGGUUCACCCAAGCUGGCACGCCUCAACCUGGCAGGAAACCCCAUCUACUGCAACUGCUACCUGCGUCCACUCAAAGAGUGGGCGAUCCGUAACAAAGUGAAGCUGAUGGGGACGUGUGGAGGACCGGCUCAUCUUUCAGGAGAGAAUCUGGAGGCCGUCUAUCCUCCAGAGCUGCGUUGCCAGAGCCAGGAGGCCAUGCUGAAGGCAGAGUUUGAGGAAGCAACCAGGAACGCACCACCGCCUACUGAGGAGCCUGAGAACAAGGUCAAGUGUCCCGCCAACUGUGUGUGUGAGGGGGAGACACACCACUCUUCAUGUGAGAACCGGGGCCACACUAAAGUUCCUCGGGGUUUCUCUCCCAACACACGCCUCCUAGACCUUCGUGGAAACAACUUCCACUACAUCCCCAGCAACAGCUUCCCUGGCGUCGCCCAGGUGGUGUCCCUGCACCUGCAGCGCUGCAAGAUCGUGGAGGUGGAGGGAGGAGCCUUCAGUGGGAUGAAGGGUCUCAUAUACCUUUACCUGUCCGAGAAUGACCUCACGUCUCUCAGCCCUGACGCCUUUAAAGGUCUACCUCAGCUCACUUACCUCCACCUGGAGAAGAACCGCUUCACCAGCUUCCCUAAAGGAGCCUUCAAACUGGUGCCCGGUCUGCUGGCACUUCACUUGGAGAACAACGCCAUCACUAAGCUGGAGCCGGGUAUCAUGAGCGGAGCCGAGAGCCUCAGAGCCCUCUACCUCACCGGAAACGCCAUCGGGAGUGUGUCACCCAGAGCUCUGGACCAGGCCAGCGAUCUCGAUACACUCCACCUGGGAGGAAACAAGCUGAAGGAGAUUCCUACUGAAGCCCUGAGCAAGGCUGGCAACCUCAGAGACCUCAGGCUAUCGGGAAAUUCAAUCCGCUGGGUGGGACCGAAUGCUUUUCAACCCCUGGAGAGGUCACUGAAGGAGCUCUAUCUGGAUAACAUGGGACUGGAGAAAAUGUCACAGAACUCCCUGGCCGGACUGGGUCCAGGGCUGAGGAGUCUGUUUCUGGAGGGCAACCAGCUGGAGGAGGUGCCAGACCUCCAUCCACUCACUUCUCUGGAGGUCAUCAACCUGGCUGACAACCCUCUGAUGUGUGACUGCCCUCUGCUGCCACUACGCAUGUGGAUUGAGAAGGUCAACCUGAAGGUGCGAGCCACCUGUGCCAACCCUCCUGAACUGAGAGGUCGAAGAGUCAAGGAUGUCCACAUUUUCAAAGCCUGCCCCGGGGGAGAGAGUCUGCCCGCCGCCCCGACCGCCACCCCCAAGCCAGCCAAGGCCCCCAAAGCAACCAAACCCAAACCGAUGCACCUCAACGGCCUUCGGCAGGUCAAAAUGCUCAAAGCCAAAUCCAAGCCUCGCAAGAGUCCAAAUGCAAAACAGGGAGCAGCAAAGAAAUCCUCCAAAACCACAAAGAGACGCAGCAUGGCUUAAAUCUGCUGCACCUCACUUCUGUACUGUUUUUUCCAGAAAUUCCAGUGAACUGACAACAAAGAUUUUCAGGUUAAACAUCAGAUUGAACUCUCUGACUUUAAAAGACUAUAAUCUGCCAGCUAUGAAAUGUGUAGCUGCUGAGGCUGUUCUCUAUUUUACACAUCUUGCCAGUUUUCAUUCACACCAUUUAUCAGCCAGUUAUUUACAGAAUUUCCUUCUGCUGUCUAAUUAAUACAGAACUUUUUCUAGUUACGUUCACAGCUAUGUAAUGUUGGUUAAACUCACUGCAGUUGAAGUUUUAGCAUCUUAAAAGAGGUAAAUGAAGUCAGCGUCAUAAGCACAAAUCCAGCACUGCUGUUAUUCAAUCAGGUGAAUGAAAUAAUCUUUCGCUUCAUGCUACACAUCCUUGACCACUAUGUCAAAACAUCAAGUCCCAGGUUUAUAGAAGACAGCAUCAAAUCAGUUCAUUUAGAAAACUGUAUUUUUUUUUUUUAAUCGCUUCAUGCUUAUUGACAAAACAGAAAAUAUCUGUAUGGAAAACUGGAUAUAAAAUAAACCAUUACAACAAA